AUGUCUGGUGUAGUUGGAAGUAUUCCUGUGUCCCCGCUGGCUGGCAGUCAGAACAAAUCUCUGCCACUCGCAUCCUCCAAUUUAAGACGUUUUUCAGAGGCCGGCCUGGGACAGAGUCCCAGGACCGACGCCACACUGCUUUCAGCUGUCUGUUUUGCCAAGAGCAAGUCAAAAACCAUUCUGGUAAGACUGGUGAGCCAAGCUGGGACAGGUUUCUCCUUCAAUCACAAGAGAAGCCGACUCCAAGAAAAGCUGACUCUUCUGCAUUAUGAUCCAAUUGUGAACAAAAAAGUUCUCUUCGUGGAACAGAAAAAAAUCCACUCCCUCUAAGCAAUGGAUUGAGA